AUGUUGAAGCAGUUGCAUAUCAACAUCCCACUGGUAGAGGCACUUGAGAAAAUGCCUAACUAUGUAAAAUUCAUGAAAGAUAUUCUUACAAGGAAGAGAAGGUUAGGAGAAUUUGAGACAGUGGCUCUUACCAAGGAAUGUAGCUCAUUCUUGCAAAACAAGCUGCCACCGAAGAUGAAAGAUCUUGGGAGUUUCACCAUUCCAUGUACCAUUGGUAAUUCUUAUUGUGGCAUGGCAUUAUGUGACUUGGGUGCUAGUAUAAAUUUGAUGCAUAUGUCUGUGUAUAGACAAUUGGGGAUUGGUGAAGUCCGACCUACCAUAGUGACUCUACAACUUGAAGGUAGAUCUCUUGCUUAUCCAGAUAGGAAGAUUGAGGAUGUCUUGGUAAAAGUUGAUAAGUUCAUUUUCCCAGUUGAUUUCAUUGUGUUGGAUUUUGAGGCAGACAGAGAGGUACCAAUCAUUCUAGGGAGGCCUUUUCUAGCUACUGGUAGAACUUUGAUUGAUGUGCAGAAGGGUGAACUUACUAUGAGGGUUCAAAAUGAGCAGGUGACUUUCAAUGUUUUCAAGGCUAUGAGAUUUCCACAUGAGGUCGAAGAGUGUUCUGUGGUUUCAGUGGUAGAUUCUUUGGCUUCAAAGGAAUUAGAAAACAAUUUUGAUGAUCCUCUAGAGAGACUCUUGAUGUUUGAUUCACAUGCAGAGGAUGAGGAUGAAUACUUGGCUUAG